AUGGGCAACUGCACCAAGUCGUCUAUGAACAACACCAUGAGGAAGGACAGAGAGCUGCGACCGGAGGAGAUUGAAGAGCUGCGCGAGGCGUUCGUGGAGUUCGACCGGAACAAGAAGGGCUACAUCAGCUGCGGGGACCUGGGCGAGUGCAUGCGGACCAUGGGCUACAUGCCCACCGAGAUGGAGCUGAUCGAGCUCAGCCAGCAGAUCUGUGAGUGUGGCGGUAAAGUGGACUUUGAGGACUUUGUGGAGCUGAUGGGCCCCAAAAUGCUGGCCGAGACGGCCGACAUGAUAGGCAUCAAGGAACUUCGGGAUGCGUUUAAAGAGUUCGACACCAACGGCGACGGGCAGAUCAACAUCAUGGAGCUCAGGGAGGCCAUGAAGAAGCUGAUGGGAGAGCAGCUUACCAACCGGGAGAUUGACGAGAUCCUCAGAGACGUUGACCUCAACGGAGACGGCCUGGUCGACUUUGAGGAAUUCGUGCGAAUGAUGUCACGUUGACUUAGUCCAGAUGUCGGAAAGUGUGGACGACCGGAAAAGUAGAUGGGAGUCUAUAACAUAACCCCUGGAAAGUAGAAGAGAUCAAACAGAGUUGUAGUAGACAUUUUUCUUGAUGCACUAGCGAGCAAUUCAUAGCGCUGUUUUUUUUUAUAAAGUUGCACUGAAAAGUAUAGCCUAGUUGCUCUGAAGAUACAGCGGGCAUUUUGCCCGACAUGUGGUGUAUGGAUAAUGUGCAAGGGUGGUAGAGGGGAUUAGGUCAAAUGAGCCUUGUGAAACAGCUGUGGGACAUAUCAAAGCUUUAUAUAGACAACCACACAGUAUUUAUGUUUAAUUUUAUAAAUGU